CUCAACGCUGAGACAGGAACUGGGGGGGAAAAAGGGAAAGAAAGGAAAAAAAGAAGAGUUGAGCUGAGACUCCACAUUGUUUAAACCCGACCUAGAAUAACCACGAAACAUGGUUCCGGAGUUUGUGAUUGCUUAAGUUAAGUCAAAGGUUGUGCAAUGCUGUCCUUUGUCACAUCGCUCCUGCCGACUUCAUACUUCCUGCCAGGAUGGUUGAUUCUAGACACAAAUCCACUGGAUAGUUUACUUCAAGGGCUGGUAGGUGCAUGUGGGAUCUCUGUGCUAUGCUCCUUGAUCAGACUGCACUUAUUUUUAGAGGAAGAGAGCCCUGGUGAUGACAAUGGUAAAAGGAGACGAACCCGUGAGGGUACAAAAAAACCCGGACUCACUGGGAUGCUCCAGUUUGUCAUCGUGACUGGGAUACUGGCUGUAGUGGGCUCCCGUGUGGCCUCCUUGGUGGUGCUCGAGUUUUGCCUCCGGGCUGUGUCUGGAUUGGUCACAGCGGGACCAGACUCCAACAAAUUUCUGCAGCAGCUGCUCGUUCAAAGCCAGUUCUCCCUGGGCUGUGCCCUGAGCUGCAGCCUGCACUUUCUCCACGAGGGGGCGUCGCAGCGCUGGCUGUGCCUGCUCCUGGCAGCCGCACUCAGUUGGUUCCUGGCCAGACAGGCCACACGCCUGCUGCACCAUGUCACGGCUCUGUACGAGCUCCACAGCUCACAGCGCUACUGUGGCAUUUGCCUCUGCCUCCUCACACAUGGCCGCGGCCUGCUGCCCAUGCUGUGCAGGGCUAUGGUCAUUACCUUCUCCGUGGCUGCGGUGGCCGCCGUAUCAAUCAUCAACCGACACUUCCUCUCUGCAACAGAGGCCCUAAAGUUCUGGACACCACUGACUAUAUGUUACACACUGUUGGUGGUGUACAUGCAGGAGGAGCAGCACCGUCUGCCCGGCAGCCAGGCUGUGCUGAACACAGUGGUGGUGCGUCUCGGGGGCUUGAUGGUCCUGAUGCUGACUGUCGGACGCUGGGCUGACGUGCUUCACAUCUUAAUGUGCUUCCUGGGUGAGGCCAGCUGCCUAAUCCCCACGAUGGAUCUGCUGGAUGCGGCGUCUUCACAGAUCGGAUGAAGAGGAUUACACAGACUGCAUGAGGAGAGAGUGACGACAACAUGACAAAGACCACGGGCACAAGAGAAGGAGCAUAAGAGAUAACCACUCAUUCACUUUGCAACACCAACAAGUAAUGCUUUUGUACUUUGAAUGUAAUAUUAUUCAUUAAAAAUUACAAAAACAACA